UCCCCUCCCCCCGCGCCCGCGAGGAUGGUGGACGUGUUCAGCGGAAGGUUCCUUACGAACAAGGACGGGCACGCGGUGGAGCCCGAGGAAGCCCUGCAGAACAAGGUCGUGGGCUUGUACUUUUCGGCCGCGUGGUGUUCCCUGUGCCGCGAAUUCACCCCAGUCCUGUGCGACUUCUACAGCGAGCUGGUGGAGGAAGCGCCCUCGCCGGCCCCUUUCGAGAUCGUCUUCAUCUCCUCCGACCGCAGCUCCGAAGAGAUGGUGAAUUACAUGCAAGACAUGCAUGGGGACUGGCUGGCGCUGCCUUUCCACGAUCCUUUCAAGCAUGAGUUGAAGAAAAAAUACAACAUCACCGCCAUUCCCAAACUUGUGAUUGUUAAACAAACUGGAGAAGUCAUUACAGAUAAAGGCAGAAAACAUAUUCGGGAGAGAGGGCUCAACUGCUUCCGAAACUGGGUUGAGGGGGCAGAUGUCUUUGAGAAUUUCUGCACUUGAACCAAUGGUGGGAUCUCCAGAGGAGAUAGCUUUGUUAUACGUUUUGUAAAUCUAGUAUUCUUAUUGUUGCUACUUGAUCAAAAGAGGGCAUGACAGUUGCCUCAUCCCAUAUUCCUUUGCUUUGUUUCAGAUUCUGUGUAGGUGGAAUAAUUGUUUCUAAUCCCACUGCUUCUGUUCUGUAUCAUUACUAAUGUUUUUGUUAUAUAGAAGAUAACUAAAGAAUUCCUGAUAUCAGUGAAGACUGAAGGUCAGCUGUUUAUACCAGGCACAUUUCUAACAUCGAGAAAGUAUGCCCUCUUGAAUCUAUGCAAGCACUUUAUUUUUGCAAAGGAAAACUUUAUAUUUCUUAACCAGAAGACUUUUUGGAAUGUUGGUCUAUAAUUUACAUUACUACAAAACAAAACGUAUUUGCUUUAAUAAAAUUAUUUAUUGCUUA